GAGCAGCAGCCACGUUCUUCAGAGAAGCAGCGAUGGAGGAGCAGCGGGAUGUGAACAGCACGGACAGCAGCGAGGGCGAGAGCGUCUCCCCGUCCCCCAGCCUGCCCUCGCCGCCCAUACUGCCCCUGCAGGUCGCCCAGCAGGCCCACAGAACCACCAACUUUUUCAUCGACAACAUUUUGCGGCCGGACUUCGGCUGUAAGAAGGAGCUCGGCCUGGGCCCGCGGGAGAGGGCGCAGACCUCCGGCCGGGAGCGCGUCCACCCGGCGGUCAGCAGGCCGAGCCUUCCCGGGACGCCGUGCCAGGACUCCAACUGCAGCACUGACAGCACUUCGUCCUCCGCCUCCUCCGCCUCUUUGGCGAGUCCCAAAAAAAGCAGCAGCAGCGGCGGCGGAGGCGCCGCAGCGGCCGCCGUCCCUUCCGGCGGCGGCGGCGGCGGCGGCGGCGUGAAGGCCGAGGAGCGGACCGGCGGCGGGUCCGGGGACAACACGUCCACCUCGCUGGUGGUGCUGAACGGCAGCGGGGCCGCCACACCGGAGAGCCAACCGCUGCUGUGGCCCGCGUGGGUCUACUGCACGCGCUACUCGGACAGGCCCUCAUCUGGCCCAAGGACCCGGAAACUGAAAAAGUCCAAAAGCGGCAAAGAGGACAAGCGGCCCCGCACGGCCUUCACGGCAGAGCAGCUGCAGAGACUCAAGACGGAGUUCCAGGUGAACCGCUACAUCACGGAGCAGCGGCGCCAGUCCCUGGCCCAGGAGCUCAACCUGAACGAGUCCCAGAUCAAGAUCUGGUUCCAGAACAAGCGGGCCAAGAUCAAAAAGGCCAGCGGCUUCAAGAACGGGCUGGCGCUGCAGCUGAUGGCGCAGGGACUGUACAACCAUUCCACGACCACCAUCCAGGAGGACAAGGAGGACAGCGACUGAGGACACACACACACACACACACGCACUCACACACACUCUGUAAAUACAGCACAGCUAAUUUAAUGAUGAGGACGGGGAGGGCAGCUCUUCUUCACCUCCUCCUCCUCCUCGGACUGCAGACUGCGGGACCGACUGCCGCGUCCAAACCAAAGAUUUUAUCGGAAACAGAGCCUGGACACUUUGAGAGACGACAAGGACAAGAGAAACACCCCCG